AUGCAUUUGCGACGCCUUGUGGAGGAAUAUUUCGAGAAUUCCACGUUGCAUGGAGCAAAAUUCAUAGUGGACAAAGAUGCAUCUUGGAUUGAGAGAUUGUUUUGGGCAUUAUGCCUGGUGGCAUCUUGGAUAGCCUCCUGGCAGUUGAUAAAAGUGUCAUUGGACGCUUUCGAAAACAAUGCCAUUAGUUUCGUUGUCGAAAGCUCCUAUCGGGAUUGGGACACCAAUUUUCCGGCCAUAGUUGUUUGUGAGUCCAAAAAUAUGGAUCGCAUACAGGAAGUGGCUGAAAAACUCUGGGGCGCCGAUCACGAUUUCACCUUGGAGGAGGUGCUAAGCGAGAUAUCCUUCUUUCGCGGCGAAUCCUAUCACAUGGUGCACGAGUGCGGCGGCGAAGAACCGGUGGAAAAUUGCUUCUACUCGAAUUUCUCCUACUACGCCCAAUUGGUGCGCAGCAGCUGCCAGGACUCCAUACAGAAUUGCAUGUGGCAUGAUAAGGCAUUUGAGUGCUGCAAAUACUUUCAACGCAUGGAAACGGAGUUAGGCAUUUGCUAUGCGAUCAAUUCACUGCAAGCGGGCAAAAAUGACGGUCCCAAAUUGAAUAUGUACUCAAAUCGUUACACUGGACCCGGUUCGUUGAAAAUGGAAUUACACACCGAAGCGACAAUUUUUAUACUCGGUGAAGAGGAGGUUCCCACUUUGGUUACCCCAAAAACCGAUUAUUUGUUGGUUGGUCCUUACGUCUCAUUUGUUCGGCAUUUUUCCAAGCGCGACAUUCAAAAUGAUGAACAAAUUCGUGAAACGAGUGUAGCUCAACGAAAUUGCCGUUUCAGCGAUGAAAACAAUUUGGAUGUCCAUCGCUAUUACAGUUACUCUGCUUGCACCGUGCAAUGCCGCAAGGAUCGCCAAAUCGAGCUAUGCAACUGCUCCAGCCAUCUCUCGCCAAACACGCCGGACUGGCAGUUGUGCAACAUGGACGGACUGGAGUGUUUGAAUCGCAACUACGAAGACUUAUCGGUGAUCAUAGCCAAGUGGUCGCGUGGUCGCAAAGGUUUGGUCUGCGACUGCUUGCCAUCCUGCACGGAGGUGGACAUAUCGACGGUGCAUGACAGCAAGGAGAACAUUUUUGAGAAUCAAAAUCCAUUGGCGAAAGUCGAGAUCUCACUUAUCGAAUUGCCAACCGAGCGUUAUAAGCGAAAUGUUGUGCGUGGAAAGUUGGAUUUAGUUGUGUCGAUCGGUGGCACUACCGGCCUCUUUGUCGGCGCCAGUCUUCUGAGCUUCGUAGAGAUAAUUUACUACAUCACAAUCCGUCCAUAUGGAACAAUGCUGGCGGAGAAGCGUCAAAUGCGAAAACAAUUGCAAGCAUCUUAA